GUAGAAAAUGUCCAGGCUCCAGAGUCUGAAGGUCUUCGUCAGCCAGCGGCUCACUGCGGCUGUGGACGAGAUAUUCGGACUUUUUGAGAAAACAAUCAGCGAGUAUGAAGAGGAGCUGAAUCGCCGCCAUCGGAGAAUGCUGGAUGUGGUUUUAACUCCUGAAAUAAAACAGAGAGAUGUUGAGCAGCUGCUGAGGAAAGAAGAGGUUCUUCCUGAGCAGCAGGAGUGGAGCCCCAGUCUGGACCAGGAGGACCCAGAGCCCCCCCACAUUAAAGAGGAACAGGAGGAAGUGUGGAGCAGUCAGGAGGGAGAGCAGCUUCAAAGGCUGGAGGAGUCCAACAUUGUUCAGUUCCCAUCAUGCCCUGUUCCUGUGAAGAGUGAGGAUGAGGAGGAGAGACCUCAUCAUAACCAGACUGAGCCUCCAGCCAGCAGCUCAACUGGACAGGUGGAAACAGAGGCUGAUGGAGAGGACGGUGGAGGACCAGAACCAGACAGGAACUCGGGUCCAGACAGUUAUUUACAACCAUUUAGUGAAGACAAGGCUUCAAACUGCUCUGAACCUGAGACUGAGAUUAGCGAUGAUGAGUGUAAGGAAACCAUGGGACCUCAGCCAAGGUUUCUCUCUAACGUCCCUGUGAGUGACGCUGCCAAGAAGUUAUUUAUCUGCUGUGAAUGUGGUAGAAAGUUUGGUCGUAAGGACAGUCUGCGGCGACACAUGAGGUAUCACACAGGAGAGAAACCAUACAGCUGCUCAGUUUGUGGUAAAAGAUUUUCCCAGAGGCCAAAUUUAAUCCGUCACAUGAGAUGUCACUCAGGAGAAAAACCUUUCAGCUGCUCAUUUUGUGACACAAGUUUCGCUGUGCGCAGCGCUUUGGUAAACCACAUGAGGAUCCAUACUGGGGAGAAACCAUUCAGCUGCUUAUACUGCGAGAAAAGCUUCACACAAAAGGGAGGUCUGAAAAAACACAUGACGGUCCACACAGGAGAGAAACCGUACAGCUGCCCCGUGUGUGACAAAAGUUUCUCUCAAAAGGCAAAUCUGACGUACCACUUCUCGGUGCACACGGGACAGAAACAGUUCAGCUGCAGCGUCUGUGACAAACGCUUCACGUGGCAGUCUCAGGUCAAAAGCCACAAGUGUGUGGGUGAGAGCAGCAGCAGCAACUGAAGCUGCACAGCUGCUGCUUCACCUGUAAAUAAACUGAACAUGGUGUUUUCUGUCUGAGUGGAUUCAUGACUGAAGACAGGAUGAGAAACUCUGAACGUUUUCUGAAGCAACAUCAGUCUCUGAUGAGUUUGUAUAUAGACACAGUUACAGUUCCCUUUGGCUGCAGUGUUUUCCUUUUCUCUUUCAAGUCUCUGUGUUUGAAUGUGUUUAAACUGACUUUUAAACUUUUAAAACCUGGUUUCUCAGAGCUCAGAUCAGUCAAACCAGUGUACGUGGACAUGAACCAUGAAACAAAUUAUUUACCAGCCCAAAUGUUUUAGACAAAAAAUAAAUCCUGUAAAUGUUUCUCACGUUGACAGACGUACCGGGAGUUAAUGACCUUACUGCUGUGAGUCAGACCUUCAGCCUGAUGAUGAACGAUGAUGAGGGAGUUGGUUCAGUUCUUAGUGUUGUGAUGAUGUUUCAGUCCAGUCGCAGAGAAGAACGAUCAGACGAGGUGAAUCCAGAGUUUAUGAAUCCUGAUAUUCAGCGUUACGUCACUUGAUCAACAUCUGGACCUGAGUUACAGAUGUUUCCUGACCACCUGCAAGUGAACGUCUGUGAUUUCACCACAGAGCAGUCUGGGAGGAUCUGCAUCAACAGGCCCAAGACGACCGAAACUUCCUGUCGAGGAUCAUCAUCGAUGAGGAGCACCGAGUCUAUGGCUUCAACCCAGAGACCAGACAGACUGAAGUGGAGCGUCAGGUCAGGAGCAGGUCCAUCGGUUUCUUUGACGUUUGUGAGGUUGUGCAUCGUGAAUUUGUCCCCACGGUCAGACUGUUCUGAGAGAGGACUGUGGCCUGAUGACAACGUGAUGAUGAGCUCCCUCACAGCAAGGUGAAAGGUCACCUGCACCAUAUUGCCGCACCGAACAUGGAACAGUAACUGCUGUGAUGGUUUGAUAGAAGGUAGCUUUGUUAUUAGAGAUGAAUGAACAAUUACUGGAUCUGUAUGAAGAUAAUGAAAUAAAAAUCACAGUUUUAUAUUGAAUAAUCUUCAGGUGUUUUGUUGUUUAUGAAUCUAAUAAACUGGUGUGAGAUUCA